AUGUCACCUGGACCUUGUGGCCAAAUGCGGGACACGAUAACUUUUUAUGGAAGUAAGGAGGGAAAUGUCAAGGCGUUUCAGUUUUGGAUUGGAAAACCCAUCGCCAGUGGAGGUCAAAGAACGAUGGCACCUGUGACUGCCUUGCUCGUUGUCCCGAUGCAUUCUUUGUUAUGGUGUGGUGACGAAGCGGGCGGCGUCACGGUGUUUCGACUCUCUCUGAAGGGGGGGUCGACAGGUGGCGAGGUAUCUUUUAGCGACGGCACUCUCUGUGUCGCCUACCACCCAGCUUCACUCACGUGUUUUGCCAUGGGUGGUAAUGAUGUGUAUAGUGGCUCUGCAGACGGCACCCUUUAUUCAUGGUCGCUGAAGGAUCCAUUUGACUUUACCGGGAAGGUUGGUCAACACACUGGGGAAUUGGCGCAAAUGGUCCUCAUGCGUGACGACUACCUUGUCUCGGUGGGCCCAGAUUCCGCCAUGGUGCAUGUUUGGCCUCUUGGGAAGCGACGAGUCGGACAGGCGCCGUUUGCCCUCUUGGGUCACACAGGCGGUGUGCUUAGUGGUCUCUAUGUUCCCAGCUUGUGUAGUGGUGGUCUGCUUUGGAGUGCCGGGGAGGACUGUUUCAUUCACGUGUGGGAUGUAAGCGAUCCUGUACACCUUGACUGUCUUCUCACCGGUGCCAACACAGGGCAUGGGAAGGCGUGGAACACCCACACCUCCUCUGAAGAGAAAGAGAAAGAGACGAGAGUGGAGGCGGCAAUGUCUCAGGAAAGAGAAGAUUCUCUUCAAGUUAACUCCAUGCGCAUGCUCGUUGGGCACAAGGAAUCUGUGGUAGCACUAUGUUCAGCCUCUGGUGUCGUGUUUUCCUGUGAUAGUUCUGGAUUGCUGCUAGCGUGGAAUCCACACCGUUAUUGGCUUCUCCAUGCCUUUACAGUGUUGUCUCACGAUGAGCCUAUACCUCAAUCUCUAUCGACGGUUCCUGCUGACAAGGAUGUCUCUGACAUGAAUGAGGUGGUGCGUGGGGCGCAUUGCCUUGGAUUCAUGGAGGGCUUUCUUUGGAACAUUGACACUGCCGGCGGUCCACGGUGUAUAUACAUGCCCAUUCAUUCGCAUCUCAAGAAGCUAUCGUGUAACGGGACGGCAGAUGUUUCUCUUCCUUCUGGUGAAGGUUCAACUUGGAGCGCAUUUACGAGUGUGGUGUGGAAGUUCAUGCAGGAUACAGUGAGUCUUUUCGUGCAACAUGUGGAAUUUUGUAGUGAGACCUUUGCUUAUGCUGUAGAAGCUACGCUGCGGGAGGAGAUGCGGCCACAUUGUGGGUCUUCUGGUGUGGGCCGCCCCGCUUCGCCCGGAGGGUUCUGCAAGGAAGGGAAAGACGCAGACUCCAUGUGUACGCGUCAGUCACUGUGUGAGAGUCGUGCGGAGCUGCUUGAGCUUCAGGCCGCACGGGAAGCGCUGGUGCGGGAACGUGAGUUGUUUACCACACAGAGGCGGGAAGAAAAAGAGCGUUGGCGCACGGAACGUCAACGUCUGAAAGAGGAAGCAAUGCGCUUGGAAGAACGAGCUGGAGCGUUGUCUCAUCUUGAGGAGACUCUACAGAAGGCGAAACGGGAGCAAGAUGACACAAUGGCAAAAUACGAGGAACUUUGGCGUCGCAUUAAAGCGCAUGAUCAGGAACGCGAGCGUCAGCUGGUGCGCGUUAGUGCGGAAGUUUCCUUCCUUAGGCUCAAGUAUGCUGACUGGAGCGGGGUCAAGGAGAGGGAUGUGUGA